UUAGGAUCACCGUGGGUCACCUGACUUAACACGCCGCUGUGAUUGGACGAGCGGUCGCUCGGUCUGUCGUUGUCGAGUGUUGUGGCGUUGUGUAAGUCGAAGUAGCAACGAUGCUCUUGAAUAAGGUACUCAGAGGAGGACUGCGCUGCGGUGUUGCUCGGCUCCAGAGCUCCAGUGCUGCCACCGCCGCCGCCGAAUCCAAAAUCUCCGGCGAGAACGCUGCAGCGGCUACCGGCUUCUCGUUUGAGUUAACGGAUCAACAGCGGGAGUUCCAACAGCUUGCUCGCAAGUUUGCGCGCGAGGAAAUCCUUCCGCACGCGGCGCACUACGACAAAACCGGGGAGUACCCAGUACCUAUCAUCAAGAAAGCAUGGGAGCUGGGUUUGAUGAAUGGUCACAUAGCAGAGCAGUAUGGUGGGAUGGGCUUGUCCAUCUUCGACAACUGCCUCAUCACGGAAGAGCUGGCCUACGGUUGCACGGGAGUCCAAACUGCCAUCGAGGCAAAUUCUCUCGGACAAAUGCCUGUUAUUAUUGCUGGUAAUGAGGCACAGAAGAAGAAAUAUCUGGGCAGGAUGACUGAGGAGCCUCUUAUGUGUGCCUACUGUGUCACUGAGCCGGGGGCGGGCUCAGACGUGGCGGGCGUCAAGACGCGGGCGGUGAAGACUGGCGACGAGUACGUGGUCAACGGCCAGAAGAUGUGGAUCACAAACGGCGGCAAGGCCAACUGGUACUUCCUGCUGGCCCGCACUGACGCUGAUCCCAAAUGCCCCACAAACAAGGCUUUCACUGGCUUCAUUCUGGAUGCAGACACGGCCGGAAUACAAAUUGGAAGGAAGGAAAUGAACAUGGGCCAGAGGUGUUCCGACACACGAGGCAUCACUUUUGAGGACGUGAGGAUUCCAAAGGAGAACGUCCUGAUAGGCGAGGGCGCAGGCUUCAAGAUCGCCAUGGGCGCCUUUGACAAGACUCGGCCACCCGUGGCAGCCGGAGCCACCGGCCUGGCUCAGAGGGCACUGGACGAAGCCACCGCCUACGCUUUGGAGAGGAAAACGUUUGGCAAAGUCAUUGCUGAGCACCAGGCCAUCUCCUUCCUGUUGGCCGAGAUGGCCAUGAAGGUGGAGCUGGCGCGCAUGGCGUACCAGCGCUCCGCCUGGGAGGUGGAUCGCGGCCGCCGCAACACCUAUUACGCCUCCAUCGCCAAGGCCUUCGCCGGCGACAUUGCCAACCAGGUGGCCUCGGACGCCGUGCAGGUGUUUGGCGGAAACGGCUUCAACAGCGAGUACCCUGUGGAGAAGCUGAUGCGCGAUGCCAAGAUCUACCAGAUCUACGAAGGCACCGCUCAGAUCCAGAGACUCAUUAUUGCCCGUGAACACCUGGCAAGAGCCAAGAAAUAAACCUGAAGGAUUUUUUUUAUGUGUAAAAGAAAUACAAUGUAACUCAUUUUUUCUUUCAAUUGAAUAUGCCUUGAUGUCACUUGAUGGCCUUGCUAAAUAGAAUUCAGUCGGAAGCCUUCAAACAAAUGGCACACAGCAACAAAAUGGGAGGCAAAGGAUGAAAAUCUCAUGUACAAAUGCUAUCCUGGAAUAAAACCAAAUCAUGUCCUUGUUUUGGCUUCAAAUGAUAUCAGCGUGUGUUGAUGCUGUCUGUUUCUUGUUCUAAUAAAGGUUGCUUUAUGGAAUUUGUGGAAUAGUUACAUAGUUACAUAUCCUAAAUGAGUUUUCUGGCUAAUGUAAACUUCUCCAGCAAUGCAUUUGACUCGGCCAGUCUGCGCGUGCGCGUUGAAGGACGACUUGUCAUUGGGCAUUUUUUAAAGCCGUCCCACUUUUCCCACAAUGCACAGCGACAGACAGUAUAUUACACAGUACGUCACUUCCGCUCUCUCCUCUUCCUUCAACCAGUGCUACAUUGCACAGAUGAAGGCUUCCCAAGGGAAAAGAUGGCGAAACAAGAUGACAAAUGCUACCGUUUGCCCCAGGGAUGAAAAAGGCUACUUUGUCUUUAGAAUAAGCUGAUGGCCGCGUGGUGAUAGCAAUGACUCUCCACGGUAACGAAAGUGCUUCAUCCAGCCGUUUACUGGCUGUGGGCAGGAAAGGCCAUGUGUCCAGCGUGAUGGCAGUGGUUUGAGCUGCUGAUAAUGGCCGCUGGCUCCCUUUCAGUGAUUUGGACUCAUGAUGAUGAGCGAAGACUCUCCCUCCCUCCCUCCGUCUCUCCUUCCCUCCCCCAGAGGUGACAAAGAUUCAUCAUUUGGACAGUUUUAUUAGGAGGCGAGAGUAUUCCAAUCGAAACGUGUGGAAAUAUGGUGUGACUAUGACGUCAUCUGUUGAAUGUUAUUCAAUUAAAUGUGUUUGGAUCAA